AUGGAAUCAUUAGCAGUAUUAGGAGUAUUUUUAUUGGCAGGCUCAGUUGCAGGCAAGCAAUCUCUCAGAUUCUAUUAAUAAGUCAUGAAUCGUACUGCCUUCGGAGCAAGCAACACUACGAUGAUGCUAGGUAGAUACUAUUAAGGAGGCUUUGAGAGCCCAAUGACCAGAAGAGAGGCUGCACUUAUACUUGGAAUCAGGGAAUCAGCAGAAGAAAAGAAAAUUCUUGAAGUCCAUAGAAAACUAAUGCUUUUAAACCAUCCUGAUAACGGGGGUUCUACUUUCAUCGCAACCAAAAUCAAUGAGGCAAAGGAACUAUUAUCAUCUGGAAAGAGUAGCUCAGGAAAGUGA